AUGCUUUUGCAAGAUUGCUUUGUUCGACCCCACGAAAGACCCAUCAAAGACCCCACGAAAAGACCCCAUCAAAGACCCACGAAAGACCCCAUCAAAGACCCCACGAAAGACCCCAUCAAAGACCCCAACGACCCCAUCAAAAGACCCCACGAAAGACCCCAUCAAAAGACCCCAAAGACCCCAUCAAAGACCCCACGAAAGACCCAUCAAAGACCCCACGAAAGACCCCAUCAAAGAGAAAGACCCCAUCAAAGACCACGAAAGACCCCAUCAGACCCCCCAUCAAAGACCCCACGAAGACCCCAUCAAAGACCCCACGAAAAGACCCCCAUCAAAGACCCCACGAAAAGACCCAUCAAAGACCCCACGAAAGACCCCAUCAAAGACCCCACGAAGACCCCAUCAAGACCCCACGAAAGACCCAUCAAAGACCCCACGAAGACCACCAUCAAAGACCCCACGAAAGACCCCAUCAAAGACCCCCCAUCAAAGACCCCAAAGACCCCAUCAAAGACCCCACGAAAGACCCAUCAAAGACGCCCACCCCCAUCAAAAGACCCCAAGACCCCAUCAAAGACCCCAUCAAAGACCCCACGAAAGACCCCAUCAAAGACCCGAAAGAACCCCAUCAAAGACCCCACGAAAGACCCAUCAAAGACACGAAAGACCCCAUCAAAGACCCCACCAAAGACCAAAGACCCCAUCAAAGACCCCAAAAAGACCCCAUCAAAGACCCCACGAAAGACCCCAUCAAAGACCCCACGAAAGACCCCAUCAAAGACCCCACGAAAGACCCCAUCAAAGACCCACGAAAGACCCCCAUCAAAGACCCCACGAAAGACCCAUCAAAGACCCACGAAAGACCCCAUCAAAGACCCCAUCGAAAGACCCCAUCAAAGACCCCACGAAAGACCCCAUCAAAGACCCCACGAAAGACCCCAUCAAAGACCCCACGAAAGACCCCACGAAAGACCCCAUCAAAGACCCCACGAAAGACCCCAAAGACCCCCGAAAGACCCCAUCAAAGACCCCACGAAGACCCAUCAAAGACCCCGAAAGACCCCAAAGAACCCCAUCAAAGACCCCACGAAAGACCCAUCAAAGACCCCACGAAAGACCCCAUCAAAGACCCCACGAAAGACCCCAUCAAAGACCCCAUCAAAGACCCCACGAAAGACCCCAUCAAAGACCCCAGACAUCAAACGAAAGACCCCAUCAAAGACCCCACGCCCCAUCAAAGACCCCCCGAAAGACCCCAUCAAAGACCCCACGAAAGACCCCAUCAAAGACCCACGACCCCAUCACCCCAUCAAUCAAAGACCCCACGAAAGACCCCCAUCAAAGACCCACGAAGACCCAUCAAAGACCCGAAAGACCCAUCAAAGGACCCCAUCAUCGUCCCAUCAAAGACUUACCGUAGCCACAAGUCAACAGAAGAAAAAUCUAAGGAGAAAAAUGUGUGAUGAGAAGAGAACAGAAAAUGUAUUCAAAGAAUUAAAUUACUGGUUCUCAAGUCUCGCUGUUACGAUGCAAUUCUACUCACUGUAUCUCUAUAGAGAGAGAGAGAGAGAGAGAGAGAGAGAGAGAGAGAGAGAGGGCGUUCAACACACGGUGAAUGGAGAGCAAGAAAGUGGAAACGCAUCCGGAGCCAUAAGGGCGAAAAUCCCGUUCAAAGCCAAUAGACCUUCGACUCUAAGGCAGCCAGUCGCGCGAGUUCGACAACAGCCUGAAAAUACACAUCAGCGGAGGGAGGGGCAGAGAGUGCUAAGCGACGAUGAUGCCAUUAGGGUGAAAGUUAUAAUAAAGUAUGCAUGA